CUCUUUUUCCGUUUCUUUGUUAACCACAAAUCUGGUGUACAAGGCUACACUGCUUGAGGAGGACCUAGAAGAAGAAGACGUGAAGUGGCAUAGCUCACCUAAUCCAGGACUUUUAAGAACAACAAUUUUCCAGCAGAUGAGGGGGUUACAAAGAGACAGAGACUAUCCAGGCAGCCCUGGGAGCAAGGCAGGAACCAAACACCAGCCUUUUGUUUUAUCCAAUACAAAUUCUCAUUCAAAACCAUGCAGAAAAAAUUAAAACACACAGAGAUAUCUUACACAUUGUCAGCAGAUGUAAGGUACAGGAAUCAAAAGGAGGAAGCACGACUACAAAUGAAGCUUGACCAUCUUAACUUUAGAUAUCGAGUUGUAAUGGCAAACCUCUACCAGGAAACAGCUACUAUAAUGAAAGAACAGGAAAAGUUGUUCCACCUAAGAGGUACAACUCACAAGGCCACAGUAGACAACACUAUGAAUGAAGUAAGGCGGAUAAAAAAAGAUCAGAACAACAGUGCUGACCUAUUGGAGUAUGACAGAUCAUCCUCUCCCAAAUCUGACUACAUGAUGGGUCAUCCUCGUGCAUGGUCAGGAUACAGUUUUAGAUCAAGAUUCAAACCCAAUUCUCGGUUAAGUAUGACAGAGCAAGCUAGCAGCUAUUCAACAGCCAAUGUCAGGCAACGGCCAAAAUCCACAAUCUCUCUACCAGGCAGAUCAGCCAUCAGCUGUCUGGAGGCUGACCUGCAGGUGCUCACAUGCAAGCAGUUGCAAAGUAUUGCCACUAUAGAUAAUAUUUUUAGGAAGGAAAUGACCAAGCAAAAAGAAAAUGAAGAAGAAGAAAAAAGGAAGAUGAGAUCAAUGAUGGAAAGCAGCUUAAAUCAACGAAUCACAGACUUCCUAAGCAAAUUAAAAAGUGGUGAGAGGAAAAGAGUUGAAUCAUAGGAGAAGACAACCUGAAACUGUCCACCAACAGACUGGUUAUGGCUACAACACAGUGUAACUGCCACGUACUAGGAAGUGAAAAAUACAUCUGUUAAGACAUUAAAUUAUUCCUUGUGCAUAUACUAAACCAAUAUUACAUUUUAGAACAUGCACUUAAUAAAUGAUUCAUCUGAACAAUUUUAUUAUUUUCAGGUAAUGUUUAAUUUUCAAGAAGAGUUUGAAAAUUCUAGUAAUUUUAUGCCAUCUGUAUUAACUAAAAACAGAAAAACUGUAUUUAGCAGAGACACCAAUACAGAAUGGCACAUGGUCACUGUCUUUUUUAUGUUGUUCUUCUCCUGAAAUACUAAGAUGUAUGAUAAUCAUCUUAUGCCCAUAACAACUGCAAUGCAUAAUAUUUCCUAUACAAAGACAUUUAAUUUUUACAAACCUGAUAGACAAGGAC